AUGGUGUACAUGUCUUUAACAGUGCAGAGGGAGCAGGAGAAUACUGUUGAACUGAGGAUCGUGCUGGUGGGAAAGACUGGAGUGGGAAAGAGUGCCGUAGGAAACACUAUUCUGGGAACAGAGGCAUUCUCAUCCGUCUUGUCGAGCUCAUCUGUGAGCUCAGACUGUGAUAAAGUCAGAGGAAAAGUAAAUGGUAGAAAUGUUGCUGUAAUAGACACGCCAGGCCUUUUUGACACAGAACUAUCAAAUGAUGAAAUUGUAAAAAGAAUCAAGCAAUGCAUAUUCCUGUCUGCACCAGGCCCUCAUGUGUUUUUGGUGGUUCUCCAACUGGGAAGAAUCACAAAAGAAGAGAAAGACACAAUGGAGCUCAUCAAGGAAAUUUUUGGUAAAGGUUCUUUACUGUACAUCAUGCUGCUCUUCACACAUGGAGACAGACUGGCAAAGAGUAAGAAGACUAUUCAUGAAUUUGUUGGAGAAAGUCCUCAACUGAUGCAUUUUAUUGAGACAACUAGUGGACAAUAUCACGCAUUUGACAACUCAGACAAAGAUCCAAACCAGGUUAUUGUACUCUUUGAACAUAUAGAGCAGCUGAUUACAAGAAAUGGAGGAAGUCACUACACAAAUGAAAUACUUGAGAUGGCUGAAAGACAAAUUCAAGGGGAACAGUUAAAGAUUCAAAGAGAAACUAAGAUGGAUGCUGAGCAAGCAAGAGAGAAAGCAGAAAGAAGCAAUAACUAUAUGAAAACUGCUGCUGGAGUUGGGUUGGCUAUAGCAGUUGCGGGUCUAGCCGCCGCUGCUGUGGCAGUCCGUGAACUUUGCACAAUACAGUAA